AUGACCCCGAUCAACGGACACCGAUGGCUUGUCCCGAUACCGCGCGGCAUCUCACUCGACCACGUCUGGCUCGACGUGGCCUGUUUGUGGUGGGAGGGCAAGAAGGUUGACGACCAAGCUCGGCUCGAGGAGUGGAAACUCGAUGUACCCACGAUCGGUCACAUUUACCAAGCCAAGCCUGAUGGCAGACCGUGCAUCACGUAUUUCAACGGCUUGGGCUUGCCCUUUGACCCAUCGCCGACAGUUGUCGAAUCGGAUCGGCACUGGUUCAAUCGCGUGUGGACUGUGCAAGAGACCCUGUUCGGCUGGUUACCUGGUGGACUCUCUGCGGCCCCUCACCCCGAUGGCCCCAAAUUCUUUUCUCGGCUGCGAGACCUCCCGCAAAGUCUGCGGGGGUUCGACGCAUCGGCUUCCUUGGAAUCUGCAUGGAUGUUGCUCAUCAAGCACAUGAACGGAUGGCAGCGACUGGCCCUUCUGAUUCAAUACCAAUCUGAUGUGCCAUUCGGACUCUUUGUUUCAUGGGCGGAGUUUCUCAGACUGACGUUCCGACCGACGCCUGACUAUUGGAUGGAGCUGGACCUGGUGGAUCCUCUAGAAGUUCGCUCCAAUAAACCGGGACAGUAUCACAACGACCCACCUGCCACUGAGCCGUACUACAUUGGAUCCCUACUCGCUGACAUGCACCAAGGCAGCGGACCACAAGCGCCCCAACUCCGUUUGUACGACCGCGCUGAUCCUAUUACUGUGCAAGUCUCCGCUACCGAAACGUAUGGAUGUCUUGUCCCAAAUGUUCCGUGUCGCAUUUUGGAUCUCGGGGAUUGGAGCGAACUCUGGGCUGCAGUUGAGGCCGUCGGAGAGCGGGACUUGCGAGGCGAGAGAGCGCUUGAAAUGAUCAAGUGGGGUGUGAUUGAAGUGGACAGGAGCGAGCACGAAAAAUUCGUUGAGCUAGGACCAUGGAAUGAAGGCACGAGGGUGAUUUAUCUGUCGAGUGGGGAGGCCCUGGCCAGAAGCGGGUACGUCGACAAGUAUAUGGAGGCAUUCAACAAGGCGAGGAAGAGCCGGAAGGCGGAGAACAGGUCGUGA